AUGUACUCUGUUUGGGAUCAGCUUGCUCUUUCAGAACCAGCCUGGCAUGACCCCGAAGAUGCCGUUUUAUUUACUCUCUAUCGCAACCAGCAACGGUUGGUACAAUUUCUCAUGGCUCUUACCUCAUCUUUUGAGCCCGUAUGUGCCUCUCUGCUUCAUCGCCAUCCAUUGCCCACUCUUGAACAGGCAAUUUCUGAGUUACUAUCAGAGGAGACUCGUCUCGGAACUCUUCAAACUCAUCAUGUGGACUCUGAUUGUUUUCGCAAUCCAUCCCGCUCAUCCUCCAAUAGCCACUCCUCUCGCGGUGGCUCUUCCCGGGGAAGCUUUCAUCGCUCCGGGAACCAGUCUCAUCACACUGCUGCUACUGCCUCCGGGAGUCAGUCUCAUCACACUGCUGCUGUUGCCUCCGGGAAUCAGUCUCAUCACACUGACACUACCUCUGCAGGGUUCUCUGAGUCACCUGCUCCAUCUACCCCUCGCUUUUCUCUGACGGAUGACCCUCAGACAGGGCAGACUAUUGGGAUCGGCCGUAAGCACAGACGUCUCUAUGAGCUCAUUUACCUUCAUGUUCCUGACUCUCCUCAGAUCGCUGCUCCUGCAUCUACUUCCUCAAAGGCACUAUGUUCCAUGGUCUGA